AUGAAACUUGUUCGGUUUCUUAUGAAAUUAACUCAUGAAAGUGUAACAAUUGCAUUAAAAAAUGGUUCAAAUGUAUUUGGUACAGUUAUUGGUGUUGAUAUGUCAAUGAAUACACAUUUAAAAUCGGCUAAAUUAACACCAAAAAAUGGUGAACCUAUAACACUUGAUUUUAUUACUAUUCGAGGUAACAAUAUUCGAUAUUUCAUACUACCGGAUAGUCUUCCGUUGGAUACAUUACUUGUCGAUGAUACACCAAAAGCUAAACCUAAACGUGAACGAUCCGGUCCAACUGGUGGUAUGGGUGGUGCUCGAGGCGGUGGUCGUGGAAGAGGACGUGGGCGUGGACGAGGUCGAGGAGGACCUGGCGGCGGUGGUGGUGGUGGUCGUGGACGUUAA